AUGACGGACAAGACUGCUCCUCGUUGCCAACUACGCUUGGAAUGGAUCCACGGAUACCGGGGGCACCAGUGCCGUAACAACCUGUAUUACACGGCCGGGAAGGAGAUAGUCUACUUCGUGGCCGGUGUCGGUGUGGUCUACAACACCAGGGAACACACACAGAAGUUCUAUUUGGGACACAACGAUGACAUUAUCAGUUUGGCGCUGCAUCCUGAUAAGAUCCAGGUGGCGACGGGUCAGGUGGGUAAGGACCCCUACAUCUGCGUCUGGGACUCCUAUGCCCUCACCACCGUCUCCAUCCUCAGAGACGUGCACACACACGGAGUCGCCUGCCUCGCCUUUGAUGCCGACGGACAGAGGUUAGCGUCAGUGGGCCUGGAUGCCAAGAACACCGUGUGCGUAUGGGACUGGAAGAGAGGCAGGAUAUUGGCCACAGCGACAGGCCACUCUGAUAGGAUAUUCGACAUCUCCUGGGAUCCCUUCCUCCCACACAGACUGGUGAGCUGUGGAGUCAAACACAUCAAAUUCUGGACGUUGUGUGGUAAUGCCUUGACUCCUAAGCGGGGUAUCUUCGGGAAGACGGGAGACCUGCAGACCAUCCUGUGUGUGGCCACCGCCAAGGAGGAGGUGACGUACUCAGGAGCCCUGAAUGGAGACAUCUACGUCUGGAAGGGGCUCAACCUGGCCCGCACCAUACAGGCAGCGCACGGGGCCGGUAUCUUCAGCAUGCAUGCGUGUGAGGAGGGCUUCGCCACGGGGGGCAGGGACGGCUGCAUCCGGCUCUGGGACGUGGACUUCAAGCCCAUCACCAAGAUCGACCUGCGAGAGACGGAACAGGGAUACAAGGGCCUCUCCAUCCGUAGCGUGUGUUGGAAGGCGGACCGCAUCUUGGCGGGCACCCAGGACAGUGAGAUCUUCGAGGUGAUGGUGCGUGACCGGGACAAACCCCUGCUGCUGAUGCAGGGUCACAGUGAGGGCGAGCUCUGGGCCCUGGACAUACACCCCAAGCAACCGCUCGCCGUCACCGGCAGCGACGACCGCUCCGUCAGACUAUGGAGCCUCUCAGACCACACUCUGAUCGCCCGCUGCAACAUGGAGGAGGCCGUGAGGAGCGUCUCCUUCAACAACGACGGCUCGCAGCUCGCCCUGGGCAUGAAGGACGGCUCCUUCACCGUGCUGCGCGUCAGGGACAUGACGGAGGUGGUGCACAUCAAGGACCGCAAGGAGGUGAUCCACGAGCUGAAGUUCUCCCCGGACGGCGCCUACCUGGCGGUGGGCUCCAACGACGGCCUGGUGGACGUGUACGCGGUGGCGCAGCGCUACAAGAAGGUGGGCGAGUGCAACCGCUCCUCCUGCUUCAUCACGCACCUCGACUGGUCCGUGGACAGCCGCUUCCUGCAGACCAACGACGGCGCCGGGGAGAGGCUCUUCUACAGGAUGCCAGCGGGGAAGUUCCUCCCCAAGGAGGAGGCCAAAGGUAUCCACUGGAUGACGUGGACGGGCGUGCUGGGCCCGGAGGUGAACGGCAUCUGGCCCAAGUACUCCACCGUCAACGACAUCAACUCAGUGGACGCCAACUACAGCAGCGCCGUCCUCGUCACCGGAGAUGACUUCGGCCUCGUCAAGCUCUUCAGAUUCCCCUGCCUUAAAAAAGCGGCCAAAUUUAAGAAGUACAUCGGGCACUCUGCCCAUGUGACGAACGUGCGCUGGUCGCAGGAUCUGCAGUGGGUGGUGAGCACAGGCGGUGCGGACCACUCCGUAUUCCAGUGGAGGUUCCUGCCCGAGGGCGUCAUGAAUGGGGUCCUAGAGCCACUACUGCAAGAGGGCUACGCGGACUCCAACAGCGGGGAGUCGGACUCAGACCUGUCAGACGUGCCGGAGCUGGACUCAGACAUAGAGCAGGAGGCACAGAUGAACUACGAGAGGCAGGUGUAUAAGGAGGACCUGCCCCAGUUGAGGAAAAAGCUGGUCGGCUCCCUGAAACGCCAGAGGGCCCCCGAUGAGGGACUACGCCUGCAGUUUGUUCACGGGUAUCGAGGGUGUGACUGCCGUAACAACCUGUUCUACACACAGGCUGGUGAGGUGGUGUACCAUGUGGCGGCGGUGGCCGUGGUCUACAACCGCCAGCAGCACACGCAGCGCUUCUACCUGGGGCACGACGACGACAUCCUCAGUCUCACCGUGCACCCACUCAAGGACUACGUGGCCACCGGACAGGUGGGGAGAGACCCAGCAGUGCACGUGUGGGACAUCCAGACCCUGAAGUGCUUGUCACUACUGAGGGGCCAACACCUAAGAGGCGUCUGUGCCCUGGAAUUCACAGCGGACGGUAAGAGCCUGGUUUCCGUGGGGAUAGAUGAGGGCCACAACAUCGUCGUCUGGGAUUGGAGGAAAGGAGAGAAGCUCGCCAAGGCCAGGGGCCACAAGGAUAAGAUCUUCGUGGUGAAGGGGAACCCGUUCCGCAUGGACAAGCUGGUCACCGUGGGGAUGAAGCACAUCAAGUUCUGGCAGCACACAGGUGGUGGCUUGACGUUCAAGCGUGGCAUCUUCGGCGGCCUGGGUAAGCAGGAGACCAUGAUGUCGGUGUGCUACGGCCGUGCGGAGGACCUGGUGUUCUCCGGAGCCACCACGGGGGACGUGUACGUCUGGAAGGACACCACGCUCAUCAAGACCAUCAAGGCCCACGACGGACCCGUCUUCGCCAUGUGCUCCCUGGACAAGGGGUUUGUGACGGGGGGGAAGGACGGUGUGGUGGAGCUGUGGGAUGACAUGUUUGAGAGGUGCCUGAAGAGCUACGCCAUCAAGAGGGCCGCACUCUCCCCCAACUCGAAAGGGCUGCUGCUGGAGGAUAACCCCUCUAUCCGUGCCAUCACGCUGGGCCACGGCCACAUCCUGGUGGGCACCAAGAACGGGGAGAUCUUGGAGAUAGACAAGAGCGGGCCCAUGAUACUACUGGUACAGGGUCAUAUGGAGGGGGAGGUGUGGGGUCUGGCUGCCCACCCUCUGCUGCCCAUCUGUGCCACAGUGAGCGAUGACAAGACCCUGCGCAUCUGGGAGCUCUCCGCCAAUCACCGCAUGGUGGCCGUCCGCAAACUCAAGAAAGGUGGCAGGUGCUGUGCCUUCUCCCCCGAUGGGAAAGCCUUAGCGGUGGGCCUGAACGACGGCAGUUUCCUGGUGGUGAACGCCGACACGCUGGAGGACAUGGUGACCUUCCACCACCGGAAGGAGAUCAUCUCAGACCUGCGCUUCUCACAAGACGCUGGCAAGUACCUGGCAGUGGCCUCCCAUGAUACCUUCAUAGACAUCUACAACGUGCUGACCAGCAAACGCGUGGGCAUCUGCAAAGGAGCCUCCAGCUACAUCACACACAUAGACUGGGACACACGUGGCAAACUUUUGCAAGUCAACACCGGAGCCAAAGAACAGCUAUUCUUCGAAGCACCUCGAGGCAGAAGACAGACCAUCAACAACACUGAGUUUGAGAAGGUGGAGUGGGCCUCCUGGACGUCUGUGCUGGGCCCCACGUGCGAGGGCAUCUGGCCCACCCUGAGCUUCGUCAACGCCUCCUCCCUCACCAAGGACCGCAAGCUGCUGGCUACCGGCGACGACUUCGGCUUCCUCAAGCUCUUCAGCUUCCCCUGCAAGGGUCAGUUUUCCAAGUUCAAGCGCUACGUGGGCCACAGUGCCAACGUGACGAACGUGCGCUGGUCCCAUGACGACAGCACGCUGCUCUCUGUGGGCGGAGCCGACACGGCGCUCAUGAUCUGGGCCCGGGAGACCGGCGUGGCUCGCGAGAGCAAGGCCGUGGACAGCGAAGAGUCAGACGACGAUGCAGAGGACGAUGGAGGUUAUGACAGUGACGUGGCAAGGGAGCGGACCACUGACUACACCACUAAAGUGUACGCCGUCAGCAUCCGGGAGAUGAGCGGCACCAAGCCACACCUGCAGACCAAGGAGGUCCUGGUGGACGAGAGACCCCCGGUGAGCAGGGCGGCCCCACUACCAGACAAACUCCUCAAGAACAACGUCACCAAGAAGAAGAAACAGGUGGAGGAGCUGCAGUUGGACCAUGUGUUUGGGUACCGGGGUUUCGAUGGCCGGAACAACCUGCACUACCUCAACGACGGCUCCGACAUCAUCUUCCACACCGCCGCCGCAGCCAUCAUACAGAGCCUGUCAGCAGGAACACAAACGUUCUAUUUGGAGCACACAGACGACAUCCUGUGUCUCACUGUCAAUCAACAUCCGAAAUACCAAAACGUCAUCGCCACCGGCCAAAUAGGCGAUGUGAAUGACCUGCCAGGCAUGGCCCCGUCCAUCCACGUAUGGGACGCCAUGAGUAAGCAGACCCUGUCGGUGCUGCGCUGCUCCCACGCCAAAGGGGUCAGCUACGUCAACUUCAGCGCUACGGGGAAACUGCUGCUCUCCGUCGGAGUGGACCCCGAACACACCAUCACCAUCUGGCGCUGGCAAGAAGGCACAAAGGUGAGCACCAAGGGGGGCCACACGGACCGCAUCUUCGUGGCGGAGUUCCGUCCCGACUCUGACACGCAGUUCGUCUCGGUGGGCGUCAAGCACAUCAAGUUCUGGACGCUGGUGGGCGGCUCGCUCAUGUACAAGAAGGGCGUCAUCGGGGCCGUGGAGGACGGACGCAUGCAGACCAUGCUCUCUGUCGCCUUCGGAGCCAACAACCUGACAUUCACGGGGGCCAUCAACGGGGACGUGUACGUGUGGAGGGAGCACUUCCUGGUGCGGGUGGUUGCCAAGGCCCACACGGGGCCCGUCUUCACCAUGUACACCACCCUCAGAGACGGACUCAUCGUCACCGGGGGCAAGGAGCGCCCUACUAAGGAGGGUGGUGCGGUGAAGCUGUGGGACCAGGAGAUGAAGCGUUGCAGAGCGUUCCAGCUGGAGACCGGCCUGCCAGUGGAGAACGUACGCUCCGUCUGCAGAGGAAAGGGUAAGAUCCUGGUGGGCACCAAGGACGGCGAGAUCAUCGAGGUGGGGGAGAAGAACGCGGCGUCCAACACCAUGAUCAACGGGCACACGCAGGGCCGCAUCUGGGGGCUCGCCACGCACCCCACCAAAGACGUCUUCAUCUCCGCCAGCGACGACGGAUCCAUACGCAUGUGGGACCUGGUGGACAAGAAACUGCUGAACAAGGUGAGUCUGGGCCACCCGGCCAAGUGCACCGCGUACAGCCCCAACGGGGAGAUGGUGUCCAUCGGCAUGGAGAACGGAGAGUUCAUCGUGCUGCUCGUCAACUCACUCACCGUGUGGGGCAAGAAGAGAGACCGCAGCGUGGCCAUCCAGGACAUCAGGUUCAGUCCUGAUAACUGCCUGCUGGCGGUGGGUUCGUUGGAGAGUGCGGUGGACUUCUAUGACCUGACACUGGGGCCGUCCCUCAACCGCAUCGGAUACUGCAAAGACAUCCCCGGCUUCGUCAUGCAGCUCGACUUCUCAGCCGACAGCAAGUUUAUAGGGGCCUCCACAGGGAUGUACAAGAGGCAGGUACACGAGGUGCCCAGUGGCAAAGUGGUGACAGAGCAGGCUGUCAUGGAUAGAAUCACCUGGGCCACUUGGACUAGUGUGCUGGGCGAUGAGGUGGUGGGGGUGUGGCCGCGUAACGCUGAGAAGGCGGACGUGGUGUGUGCCUCCGUGUCCCACGCCGGCCUCAACAUCGCCACGGGAGACGACUUCGGCCUCGUCAAGCUCUUCGACUUCCCCUGCACAGAAAAAUUUGCCAAACACAAGCGCUACCUCGGCCACUCUGCGCACGUCACCAACAUCCGUUUCUCCGCCGACGACAAGUAUGUCAUCAGCGUAGGAGGCAGCGACUGCAGUGUUUUUGUUUGGAAAUGCCUGUAAAGUGGCGUCGUCACCUUCCAACUCCCUGAUGUGAUGUGACAGAGCCACCAAGUGUCAUGAAGUGUGUGUGCGUGUGCGUGCGUGUGCGUGCGUGUGUGUGCGUGUGUGUGUGUGUGUGUGUGUGUGUGUGUGUGUGUGUGGCCGUCUCACUGCCUCUCCAAUGCUGCUGCUGCUGCUGCUGCUGCUGCAAUCCCCUUACCUGAGAUGCUGCAUUACAUUCACCUGAGGUUACACCUGACCUCGCACCGGAGACACACCUGGACCAUAUCAUAUACACCUGGACCUACAUCAGAUAUACACCUGGACCACAUCAUAUAUACACCUGGACCACAUCAGAAAUAUACCUGGACCACAUCAUAUAUACACCUGGACCACAUCAUAUAUACACCUGGACCACAUCAGAUAUACACCUGGACCACAUCAGAUAUACACCUGGACCACAUCAGAUACAGUAUAGCCCUGGACUAUAUCAGAUAUACCCCUGGACAUACAUCAGAAAUACACCUGAACGCCAUUUGACACACAUCAGAAUUAUGAGUGCGUUGCAAUAUGCGACCUUGCCUCCUCCACUUGCGCUUGUCUCCUCGUCCCGCCUCCUGGCCCCUCCUCCGUGGAGAAAACGAUAAAGUCUCCCAGCUGUCAG